CGGGUCUGCAGCCUGCAGCUGGCCGGGGAUGAGCGCUGACAGGCGGACUGAGCUGCACCCAAAGCCGCCUGCCCGCCUCCUCUCCCGGCCUCCAGCCUCCGCAGGCAUUCGGUGAACUUUAAUUUUUGCGCACUUGCUUUCUUCCGUUUUUCCAUGUCAUUUCCUGUGAUAAAAAAUGGUGGUCACAGCUCGGGGGAGGCGACUGAGUCGGUGCAAAAAUUAACGCCAAACUUGUGAUCUGCGGGCAGCGGCGGAGCCAGCGGACGGGGGAGGGGGCAGAGAGCGCGGUUCAUCCCGGGGAGAGGCUCCCAGUCCCCGCUGCGUGUCUGCACGAAGAAAACGAUUCCAGGAAAUGAGCUUUUGUUUUGGUAUGAAAUGAACAUUUGGAUCCAGAAUGAUUCCCGUGCUCGCUGACGGAGCGACGGUGCGUGGGACUCCUGCAGCUCUUUGAUGAAACGCAGAUGGUGUGGAGAAACGUGAAAGAUAAAAAGAAACGCUUAAACCAUGUUUCAGUCUGAGAGCUCAUACCUGUGACCUUCACCUGUCCCUGAUUCUGAAAAACGGAGCCUCAGUUUCUGAAGAGAAAUACAAACGGGCGUGAAGUGGACGACGGACCGGAUUUCACCAUCAUGGUUCCACCAUGAGCGAGAACUCGCUGGACCUCUGGUUCUGUGAGGAGUGUCAGGACUAUUUCCAGAAGGAGUGUCCGUCUCACGGGCCCCCGCUGUUCAUCCGGGACACGCACGCAGCCCCGGGGACGGCCAACAGGGCGGCGCUCACGGUCCCGUCGGGUUUAGAGGUGUUCAGCGAGGGAGACGAGGUAGAUGUUCGCUGCGUGGACGCAAUCUACCCCAAGGGGGCGCUGUUUGGGCCAUAUGAGGGAGAGCUGGUGUCCAAGGACAGAUCCUCAGGAUUCUUUUCAUGGAUCAUUGUUGAUGUGCACAACACUUACCAGUCCAUCGAUGGCAGCGAUGAGACCAAAGCCAACUGGAUGAGGUACGUGCGGACCUCGUCGGAGGAGAGCGACAGGAACCUCACAGCGUUUCAGCACGGUAAAAACAUCUACUUCAGAGUCUGCCGGGCGCUGGCGGCCGGAGAGAAGCUGAGGGUCUGGUACAGCGACAAUUACAUCAGACGACUUCACUGCGUUUCUCAGGAGAGCAUCGACCGCAACCUGGACACAGGUCCUGGCAAAGACUUCAAGUCCCCGUGCCUGCAGUCAGCUCUGCAGGGCAAACUGAGCAAACAGCUGAGCGAAGAGUCCGACGGCCAGCCUCCGGCCAAGAGAAAGAAGAUCGACCUCAUCUUCAAAGACGUCCUAGAAGCUUCUUUGGAGGACUCUGGUAAAUUCAGGUUCCGGUCUGGCCAAACCAGCGAGUAUAAAGUACCAGCCCUGGUUUCGGGGUUUGAUUCCUCCGAGAGCAGCUUUGGCGUUCCCAACCUGAAGGUGGAAGAGAAGGAGGAGGAGAACCAGAGCAUAGAGAAACCCUCCACCUCCUUCUGCCCCAACUGUGUGAAGCUGAAGAGGAGGAUCCUGGAACUGGAGGAGGAGCUGUCCCGUCUCCGAGGAGAACAGGGGGACGCUGCUGCUCCGGCGACGUCCGAACAGACUCAACCCCAACGCGAUCAGGCCCCACCGCACCCCGAGCAAGGCCCCAUCGAGGAUUUUCAAGGGAUGGAGCCCUUGACACCCACUCAGGUGGUUCUGGAUGAAGACGAGCAGGACGUGGACUCUGCCGAUGAGUCCAUUGCUGCAGAUCUUGUGAUUUCUCCCGAGGACUCGUCAAAGCUUUCCUCCGCAGGAGGCAGACGGAUUCGACGCUUCAAGCAGGAGUGGCUGAAAAAGUUCUGGUUCCUCCGUUACUCGCCGACCCUGAAUGAGAUGUGGUGCCACGUGUGCCGCCAGUACACCGUCCAGUCAUCCCGCACCUCAGCUUUCAUUAUCGGCUCCAAGCAGUUCAAGAUCCACACCAUCAAGCUGCACAGCCAGAGCAACCUCCACAAGAAGUGUCUGCAGCUGUACAAGCUGCGCAUGCAUCCAGAAAAGACCGAGGAAAUGUGCAAGAACAUGAUGCUUCUCUUCAAUGCAGCGUACCACCUGGCCCUAGAAGGGCGGCCCUUCUCCGACCUCCGUUCACUGGCAGAGCUCCUGAAGAAGUGCGAGCUCAAAGUGGUAGAUCAGUACAUGAAUGAAGGCGACUGUCAGAUCCUCAUCCACCACAUCGCCCGGGCUGUGAAGGAGGAUCUCGCAGAGAAAAUGCGUCUGUCUCCCUUCCUGAGCGUCAUAAUGGACGCCCAAAACGAUGACCUUUUCUCCGACAUGGUGGCGGUCUACGUCCAGUUCGUUACCAACGAGGGCUUCCCAAACACAGAGUUCCUGUCCUUGCAAAGACUGACCGUGGCCAAUGUGGAUGGGUAUCUCCAGGUCAUGGAUCGUGCCUUUGGUGUCCUAGGCCUCCGGUUUCAGGACUUGCUGGUGGUCGGUUUGGGGGUGGACGGCACCAACAUCUCUUCAGGAAUGAGAGCAAACCUUUACAUAGCUGUCCAAAAAACCUUUCCCUGGAUCCUCUGUCUUCCCAUCAUGAUCCAUCGACCACAUCUGGAAGUUCUGGAUGCCAUCAGUGGAAAGGAGCUCUCCUGCCUGGAGGACCUGGAAAACAACCUCAAACAGCUUCUCAGUUUUUACCGCUACUCCCCUCGCAUGAUGGCCGAACUGCGAUCCACUGCGCCAACACUGUCAGAGGAGACGGAGUUCCUAGGAGACAUCAGAGCCAUACGCUGGAUCAUAGGAGAACCGAACGUCCUUAAUGCGCUCAUCAAGGAUUACCUGGAGGUCGUUGCACACCUUAAGGAGAUCAGCAGCCAGACACAGAGGGCUGACGCCGCGGCCAUCGCGCUCACCCUCCUCCAGUUCCUCAUGGACUAUCAGUCAGUGAAGCUCAUCUACUUCCUGCUUGACAUCAUAGCUAUCCUGUCACGAUUGGCCUUCAUCUUUCAGGGAGAGUACCUGCUGGUGUCGCAGGUGGAAGCCAAGAUAGAGGAGGCCAUUCAGGAGAUAGGCCAGUUGGUGGACUGCCCUGGAGAAUAUCUGCAGGAGUUUGAGGAAAAUUUCAGAGAAAGUUUUAACGGAGUUGCCUUGAAGAACCUGCGCGUUGCAGAGUCCAAGUUUCAGUCCAUCAGAGAAAAGAUCUGCAACAGGAGCCAAAGCAUCCUGUCUCAGAGGUUGGACCUGCAGAGCUGCUCAUUUGCCAAAGCCUGCAAGGUGCUGGACCUGUCCACCUGGCCCAGCAACCACGAGGACCUGCAAGCCUACGGGGACGAGGAAAUCAAGAUUAUAUUCAACCACCUGGAAUUGAUUCCCACCGCGGCCCAGGAGGUCUCCCAGACAGAGGCCAGAGGCAGCCUGGUGGUGGAGUGGAAGGAUCUGAAAGCAGACUACUACAGUAUGAACGGUUUUAAAGAGGUGAUCGGCCACAUCUGCAGGUACAAGCAACGCUUCCCGCUGCUGAACCGCAUCGUGCAGGUUGUCAGGGUCCUGCCCAGCUCCACGGCCUGCUGCGAUAAGGGCCGAGGGUCUCUGCAGAAAAUGUGCAAGAGCAACCGCUCCCGGCUGACUCUGGAACAGAUGAACGACCUGCUGACCGUGGCUGUUAAUGGACCGCCCAUCGCAAACUUUGACGGGAAGCGAGCGUUGGACAGCUGGUUCGAGGAAAAGUCCGGCAGCAGCUACUCGCUCUCGGCUGAGGUGUUGAACAGGAUGUCGGCGGCUGAUCAGAAAUGCGUCCUGCACAGCGUUGACGUCAACGCAGAAUUCUACCCUGAUGUGUAACGUGCAAAUCCUGUGCUGCUGAAAGACACUGGUGUGCAGCCAAACAAGGGGACACGCUGAAUUCAGAAAAGCCGUGACGUCACAAUUACUGCCACCAAAUUCAGCUGGAAGAACAAAAGCAGCCAAUCGGUGUGAAAAGGCAGAAAAUCAAAUAUCCCAAAAAUUCCACUAAAAACUCAAGAAAACCCAAACGAGCCAUGUGAGCGUGUCUUAACCUUCAGUGGCCUUUGGCUCAUUCAGUCAUCAGGUUCUGGGAACACUUUCUGCACCAAAAUGUUUGUUGUGAAAUUUUAGCUUCAUAUAUCAAAAAUGUUUCAAGAUAGAAUUUUAAAGAUUACUCUGUAGACUUACUUCCAGCAGCUUUUACCUUCUUUUGCAGUUUGAAAUCUGAGGCCAUGUUUGAAUAUGAAUAUCUCCAAAACUGUUAAAUGUUAAACAUACAAGUAGUGGGACUCUCCACCGUUUGCUCUCAGAGGUGAAACGUCGUUAAGAAACCUGGAGGCCGGUCGCUUUUCUGUGCGAGCUCCUUAGACGACUGUGACCUGGUGACAACCUUCACAGACGUAGUGAUAUAAAACUUUUCAUACGAGAAAUAAACUUAGCAAAACAAUUAAGACUUGUGAAAAGGGGAUUUCUAGCUCAUUUCACAUGAUUGGCAGUCGAUACAAGAACCCCCCCCAACUCUCACCUUAACACCAAAACUGCUGGAGACAAGCAGAGGAUCGGCAGCUGACUGGCAGAAUGGAUGCUGCAAGAGCUGUAAUGUACAUAAAAAUGCUACAUUAUUGUGUUUUUAAUAUGUUUUAGCCUGAGUGAUCACAUUCUUUAGGGCAGAAGCGGCAGGUGGAGUAGGUCUUGAAAAUAUACGUACAUUUGUAAUGGCAGUUCCACCGGGAAACUCCAGAAUUCAGUUCUGUUUGGAUUAGGCGACGCAUAUUUUUGUCAUAUUUGUUCAAUCCAGCAUCAAAGAUGAAUGAAAACAGACUCUACAAACUAUCUGUCCCAAAUUACAGAUCCUGACUCAUUUUUUUAAAGGUUCAAUUCAAUUUUAUUUACACAGCGCUAAAUCACAACAACAGUCGCCACAAGGCGCUUUAUAUUGUUCAGUAGAUCCUACAAUAAUAGAUACAGAGAAAAACCCAACAAUCAUAUGACCCCCUAUGAGCACUUUGGCGACAGUGGGAAGGAAAAACUCCCUUUUAACAGGAAGAAACCUCCGGCAGAAGCAGGCUCAGGGAGGGGCGGGGCCAUCUGCUGCAAGAGAAGGAAGACAGGACAAAAGAUGUUCGUGUUCAAACAUGACCUCAAAGUAGGUGAAAAUAAAUAUUUAACAUAUGAAGCUAAAGUUUCACAGCAAUCCUUUUACAGGUCCAAAGUUUGGAUCGUGAAACCUUUGGACAAAUCGAACGUGGUCGAGCCGAGAGCCCACGGCGACUGAGAUAGACCGAAGAAGCGUUUCUCCACAGAGCUUCAGCCUGCAGUCUGCUCGCUCUGCUCGUGAACGUACAAAGGCUCAUCAUCAGCUGCACAGCUGCAUUUAAGGGAGCUACAGAAACACACGUUAUGAAGAUGAAGGUCUCUGGAGACCAGAGAAAAUGUCACAUGACCUUUUAACAUCCACCAGCUCAACUGGAAAUCUUACUAAGACGAACUCCGAGGUCAGACUCUCUGUAAGAGGCCUGAUCUGACAGCUAUGGUAUUCUGGUCUCUGUGUGAAUGGGUUGCAACCUAAUCUCGACCCAACUGAACAAAAAUGACCGCAAAGUGCUUCAAAACGUCCCAAAUCGAUGCAAAACGACGCCCAAAAGGCUCCGAGAGACCCACAACCUCCACGGAGACACAGACUCACCACCAAGAAACAAACGUCCACAGGGAGGCGGCGAAACAAGAAGCACAAAAACGAGCGAGUGAAGGCGAGCUGAGCGUGUGCCGUCGUGUUGCUUUCACGUGUCCGUGCUCGGCUGGGAGCCUCCCGCUCUGAGCUGCACUUGUUCCGUGUGAUAAUGACUCGCUUGUUGCCACGAUAACAGACAGUUUGACAUCGGGAACAAUCGUCGCUCUCUGCUUUAGCUCAUCUGCCAGCAGCUUAUUCAGUGUUGUGCCUGACAGGAGUGAAAAGCUAGAGUGUAAGGAUGUAUAAAGGCUUUAUAUUUCUAUUAGAAAUGCCCUGCUGCACACGGUCUAUACUGUGGUGACUGUACAUACUGUAAAUGCUGCGGAGCCUGUUUUUAAAGGACUGUUUUUCUCUUGAAUUGGAUGAUUGUGCCAAAAUGAUCGAAUGCGAAGAAAAAGGUGCUAUCCUGCGACGCCACGCUGUACUUUUGCCAUAUUUGUUCAGUCUUUAGUGCAGCCAAUGAUCUAUUUUAAAAAUGUUCUGCAGGAGCAGUUCAGCUUCAGCCAAAGCUUCAGAGGCGUUUUAACAGCUGCAUGAUCGACUGCUGCUUUCAGCUCGUUCCGAAGUCUGUGUUUUAUAAUUAUUAUAAAGGUUUUUUUGCUCAUGUUUAAUGCAGAAAUAAAUAUGCCAUGAUGGGAACGAUCA